AUGUACACAUCCUUGGUCGGUAAUGACCAUCUGAGUCCGUCAAUCGAGAAUCUUGGCAGUUAUGAGUCAAAAUCAAGAAACCACGAUUCACCAUCUUCUUUGCUUAAGUUCACUUCAUCGUCUGAUAACAAUGAUGCACUUGCCUUCGUCACCAACUCUGGAGUGCCAUUAAUGUCCCAUUCUCAUGAUCACCACUACCACCAUCGACGUCUCCACCAUUCUAUUCAACAAGGGCGGCAACAAAAGCAAGUUAAACAAAAACAAAUCAUUUUAAACUCUUCCGUUCCUGGAUCCGCUAGCUCACUCGAGCGGUCCAAGCUCGAUGUACAAUCAGACGAACCAAUCCUUUCGGAUGAGAAGAGACGAAGAAAUUUAGAAAUUGAGUUCAAAAACAAAUAUAAUUAUACAAGACGUAUACGCUUGCAAGUUAACAGUGAAGAACAUGGUUUCACCGGCGAAGACCAAGAAGAUGAAAUUUUUUGGAUAGGGAAAACCAAAGACCAAAGCCCAAAGGAAGGGGAAAUGUGUAAA